UAGUGUCAUUCUGUUUGUAACAAAUUGCUGGCCAGUGGCCACAGUGGCUUGCCAGAGACGGGUUUUGUGUUGUGUUUACCUACAUUAUCUCAGAGCGUAGAAACAUGGGGAGAUAGUGCUUUUUUUGUCGGGUUUUUGUUCUCCAACCGCUAGAAACGGACGAUAAUAGAGGGACGUUAGCUGGAUCUGAAUUAGUUCACAGACUUGGUCCUUAAGUCAACAGUGCAGCCCCAGGUACCAGAGAGAGGCACCACGACUGACAUCCUACCUAGUUCUUACAGAUUAUGACCCAAUACCAACCUCAGCCUAACCGCUCCAACUUCUUCACCGUGAAAGCAGAGGCCUCAUCUGCACCACCUAUUGCCUCUAGCAUGGCCAAUAGCACUGCCACUGUCCCAGGGAAGGUGAUGGGCACACCUGGCCCAGCUGGCAGAAUCAGUCCAGAGGGAAGUCAGGUACUUACUAAAAAGAAGCUGCAGGACCUAGUAAGAGAGAUUGACCCCAAUGAGCAGCUUGAUGAGGAUGUAGAAGAGAUGUUGCUGCAGAUUGCCGACGAUUUCAUUGAGAGUGUGGUGACUGCUGCCUGUCAGCUGGCCCGUCAUCGUAAGUCCAACACCUUAGAAGUGAAGGACGUCCAACUACACCUGGAGCGCCAAUGGAACAUGUGGAUCCCUGGUUAUGGUUCAGAUGAGAUUCGGCCAUACAAGAAGGCUUGUACCACAGAGGCCCACAAACAGAGAAUGGCAUUGAUCCGCAAAACUACCAAAAAGUAGGAAGAUCCGAAACCAACACAAUGUCCAUCUCCCACCAACGCUCUGUGUUUUAUUUUUAGCUUUUAUUUUAGUUUUUGAGGGCAUGAGAGUAAGUAUCAGUUUUGCAACAUGCAAUCAGAGUAGGAAAACCAUGUAUAGUUCUAAGGGGGAACAUUCACGCACAUCUCUGUCCCCCUGGUUUUGCGUGCGGUUUGUCAGGCACUAUGUUUUUGUCUGCAGUAGGGACCCAGUGUAAUCGCUGUGUUCAUUGGAAUAUGAUCCAAGACCCAUAUAUGUUAUUUUAUUUAUAUAUAAAUAUUUAUAUAUAAAUAAAUAUAUAAAUAAAAGAACAUACAUGAGAUGAGAUCCUUAUUUAGUGGAUUUUUUUUUUUUACUUUGUAUGGCGGCGAUGUGGUAACUCUGUUAUUUUUAAUCCAUAAAUAAAUUAGAUUCGUAUUUCACUGGCA